ACCUGUUGUCCCAGGCCACGUCAGAGGAGGCCUCAGAUGGACGGGAAGAUAUCUCCCCAUGUUUCUCACUGGCAGAGUGCUCUCCCACUCCUGAGGACCACUCAUGGCUGCCGCUACUGAGAGUGCUACCCACCCGGGACGACUUGGCGGCUGCCAACAACGCACUGCAGACCACAAUUAGAAUGGACAUCCAGGCCCUACACGAGGAUCUGCAGGAACUGAGCGACCGAGUGGGCCGAAUAGAGGCAACGUGUGACCAGCUACAUAUAGUCCAGAACCGGACAGAGGGGAUCCUCCGGACUGAAAAGGAGUACCUGAGGAGCAUGGCCCUUCACGUGGAGGAUCUAGACAACCGGGGAUGCCGGAAUAACUUAAGGCUCAGGGGCCUACCUGAAAUGGAAGACACCCUGACGCAACUAUGCUUCAUCUUGGAGACAAUAUUUAAUGCCAUCCUAGAGAGAGAUUUG